ACUCCUACUUUUUUGUUGGGAUCUGGGAAAGAAAAUUCUCCUGCGGAGGUGACGGAGGAGAACUCGGGCGGAACCUUGAGGAGCAGAGGAGCGCGGCGGAGCCCCGGGGAUGUGCGAGCGUCCCCCGCAGCCGUGACCGCGCGGGCGGCGGGCUUUGGCGGUGAAGUCCUCCUCCAGGGAGCUUUUUCUGUUUGGUGUUGUUGCCCCCUCCCUCACCCAUCAUGCUGAGUUUUCUGCGCAGGACGCUGGGCCGCCGCUCCAUCCGUAAACACGCGGAGAAGGCGCGGCUGCGGGAGGCCCAGCGCUCCACCACCCACAUUCCUGCUGCCGGGGACGCAAAGUCCAUCAUCACCUGCCGAGUUUCCCUGCUGGACGGGACGGAUGUCAGCGUGGACCUGCCGAAAAAAGCCAAAGGUGAGGAGCUGUUCGAGCAGAUCAUGUAUCACCUGGACAUCGUGGAGAAGGACUACUUCGGCCUGCGCUUCAUGGACUACGCUCAGGUUCCACACUGGCUGGACGUCACCAAAAGCAUCAAAAAACAAGUGAAAAUCGGACCUCCCUACUGCCUUCACAUGAGAGUCAAGUUCUACUCCUCAGAACCAAACAACCUUCACGAGGAGCUCACCAGGUACCUGUUUGUGCUGCAGUUGAAGCAGGACGUCCUCAGUGGAAAGCUGGAGUGUCCGUUUGACACGGCGGUGGAGCUGGGGGCCUUCUCGCUGCAGGCGGAGCUGGGCGACUGUGAUCCUCUGGAGCAUAACCUGGACCUGGUGUCAGAGUUCAGGUUCACCCCCGAGCAGACAGAGGACCUGGAGCGGGCCAUCUACAGCGCCUGGAAGGACUGCAGAGGCCAGACUCCAGCACAAGCUGAGAUCAACUAUCUGAACAAAGCCAAGUGGCUGGAGAUGUACGGCGUGGACAUGCACAUGGUGAAGGCCCGGGAUGGUAACGAGUACAGUCUGGGUCUGACCCCCACUGGAGUUCUGGUGUUCGAGGGCCAAACCAAGAUCGGACUCUUCUUCUGGCCCAAGAUAACUCGUCUGGACUUCAAGAAGAGCAAGCUGACUCUGGUGGUGGUUGAAGAUGACGACCAGGGUAAAGAGCAGGAGCACACCUUUGUGUUCCGGAUGGACCACCCCAAAGCCUGCAAGCACCUGUGGAAGUGUGCCGUGGAGCACCACGCCUUCUUCAGGCUGCGAGGCCCGGUGGAGAAGAACUCGGCUCGCUCUGGAUUCAUCCGCAUGGGCUCCCGCUUCAGAUACAGUGGAAAGACGGAGUAUCAGACGACCAAGGCCAGUAAAGCCCGGCGCUCGACCUCCUUCGAGAGGAGACCCAGCCGGCGAUACUCCAGAAGAACCUUACAGAGCCGAGGACCGCCGAUCGCCCAGGAGUUGAUGUCUUCAGGCAACGGAGUGGGUUCCUGUGUGGACAAGCCUCCUCUCAGAGGCGCCUGGUCAGCCAUGCCUGUGGUCAGCCCCAUGGCGCCGUCUGCCUGUGGACCAAUAGAAAUCGAAGCUUUACCCAGAAGUCCUGGAGGAGAAAAGAGAAGCUUACCUGUGGUCGCCGAGCCGCUGGAGACCUGCAUCGAUGAUGUCCUGAAGACCGCUGCGGUUCCUCCUGCAGCAGCUGCAGCGCUGGAGCCCGGAGCGGGACACGCCUACGCCGCCGCCAGCCUGACGGCUGCAGAGCUCAGCAUCACCGAAGCUGCAGCUCGACUGAAGCAGCUGGAGCUGGAGAGCAGUCCUCUGCUCGCCGCGUCCAGGAACAACAUCAACGUGAACAUCGCCAUGAACAACCAGGUUUGGUUUCCUCCUUCUGCUGGGAUUCUCCUCCAGACCAGCGGCUCUGACCCCCCUGGUUGGUGUGUCCUGCAGGAGGACGUGGUGAAGCUGACGGAGAAGUGCGGUCUGAACAGCGCCGGGUGCAGCCCGGUGGUCACGCCUCUGCGCACGCCCGAGGAUCUGAAGAGCAACAUCCUGAAGGCUCAGGCUGAAGCUGCAGCUUUGAAGGGUCCUCUGGAGGAGCUCGCCUUCCCGGCUGGAGACAAGAACUGUAACCUGCAGGAAGUUUCUGCCAGGCUGAAGGUGCGUUCAGGGCGAAUGGGAAGUAACUCGUCUCUUUCUGUCGGCAGCCGGCCGGAGGUUCAGGACUCCUGGGAGCUCCUCAAAGUCACCUCGCUGGUCCCGCCGGCUGACGUCAGUGCUGAGAGGUCAGUGGAGGAUCUGAAACCGUCUGUUUCCAAGACUCCUGCUGAAGGUCUGCUCCCAAAGGCUAAAGCCGAGGAGCUCGACCUGCAAACCAUCAGCCCAGCGACCGACAACCUCAUCGACUUCACGGAUCCGUCUCCUCUGCCCCCGCCCCUUCAGCCGCCCAAAGCCGUGAUCACGCCGCGCUGGAUCGUCCCUGCAGCUGCUCCUCCUGGGAUCUUCACCAACGGCCUGAUCGACAUAGACCCCCCCUCCAAGGUCACUCCUGUCCCCCCCGUCGAUGGAGGAGCCCCUCCCCCACUCACCCCCGUCAGCAUCAGGGCUCCGCCCCCCACCUCAGACGACGGAGCCAAACCCAGAGGUCUCCUGACCACCGAGCUCUGAUGAAGACUCCGCCCCUCGUCUUCCUCGCCGUGGCUUAGAGGAAGAGGCGGCUGACCUCCUCCUGAAGAGGAGCCUGAAGGAGGUGGUGGAGGAGGUCCAGCUGACGGUCGGUUCCUCUCGGAGCUGCAGGAACCCCCCCGGACAGCAGAGCUCCGCCCCCGGACCGCAGAGCUCCGCCUUCCUUCAGGACUCAAACACUGGAACCGUUCUGCAGCUCCUCGUUUUUAAAUCCUGUUUUUACGUUUCCUUCUUCCGGAUGAUUUUUAAACCCAUGAGGGAUCCGGCGUCUCCUGUCGUUUAACCUUUCUGUCUUCUAACCGUAGCGACGGGAACGUGCUCGGCGGCGGCGCUGCAGUGCAGGCGGCGUGGAGCCGAGAACCUUCCUGUGUGGUCGCGUCUGCCAUGCCUUAUGAAAAUGAAUGUAUUGUGACGGGGGGAGGAGCUCCGCAGCUCCAUGAAGGAACACGUUCUUCAGAUGUUAUAUGACUGUCUUAAUGGUUAAUGUAGGCAGAGGGCGUGGCCGCGCCGUCUUCACGCCACGAGGAUUUACGUUGAGGUCUAGAAGGUUUUACUGUAGCAGAUCCAGUAUUUAUGCUCUCUGGACGUGCUGUAGCUCCACUGCAGGAUCUAACGUCAUUUAUAUAUUUUUGAAGCGCUGUAGUUUCUACAGAUUUUUUUAUUUCAGUAGCUGUAGGAGAUGAUCAGACUGGAGAACCACCACAAAUACAGUUUUCUAUCAGCGUC